AUGGUGCAGAGGAAGCCUGAGGCAGCUGAGAGUGUUGAGCUGGGGGAGAAACAUAAGGGAACAGAAGAUACUGAUGUUUCUGCGGCCUUGACCAUCAUUAAUGAGCAUUGCAAGCAGGGUACUUCGUUCAAGAACAAGGCUGCUCAAGUGACGAUUUCAUUCAAGAACCAGGCUGAUCAUGCAGCUGAGAUUGUCGAGCAAGCCGGGGACUCCGAGAAUGAGAAUGCGCAAGAGCAUGAUUCAGAGACAAAGAAUGGAACGGAUGAUUCCGAUUAUGAAAACUGGGAGGAUGAGCAUUGCAAGCAAGGUGCUUCAAUCAAGAAGAAUGCUGCUCAGGUGAAGGCUUCAUUCAAGAACCAUGCUGCUGAGGCAGCUGAGAUUGUCGAUCAAGCCAGGGACUCCGAGAAUGAGAAUGUGGAGGAAGAGGAGGGUUCUGAGACAGGGAAUGAGAAUGCGGAGAAAGAGGAUAUUGAUUCAGAGACAGAGAAUGGAACCGAUGAUUCCGAUAAUGAAAACUGGGAGGAUGAGCAUUGCAAGCAGGAUGCUUCAUCGAAGAACAAGGCCGCUCAUGUGAAGGCUUCGUUGAAGAACAAGGCUGCUGAGGAUUAUGGGUGCAUCCACCACCCUAACCUAGAAUUGAAUGACCUUGACGAACUGGAAGCUCAUAACGAAAGUUGUCAUCGACCUUUGAAGCAAAAAUGUAGGCUUUGCUGCAAUGUGUUCCGGGAUAAGAGGCAGCUCAGCAACCACCAACUCAGUAACCAUGGAGGAAAGGAGUUCAUAUGCAUCAACUGUGACAAAAAAUUCAAGUCAGAGCUGGCAUUCCGAGGCCAUAACUAAGGAGCACACACCGGGAAAAAAUAUUGUUGUGAGAAAUGUUUUAAUGUCUUCGCAACAAAAAAUCUGAAGCGCACUCACAAAGCAAACUGUGAGUGAGCUUCUAGGUUUUAUUUUCUCACAUAUGGGUUCCUGUUCUAUUUUUCCAGACUUUAUCAAUAAAACCAGUGACAUGGAUUUGAUCCACAGACUAAACAUCUUAAAGAGAGAAGCAAUUCAUUUCAAUCUGAUUCUUUCUCUAAGAUUAAUUAUUAGAGACACAUUUCUACUCAACAAGUGUA